UCCAUGGACUUCGACGACCUCCUCCCGCACGUGGGUGAGUUCGGGCGCUACCAGAAGCUCCUUAUCUUCCUUAUCUGCCUGCCGGCCUGCAUCCCCUGCGGCUUCCACGCCUUCAACCAGCUGUUCAUGAGUCCCUUCCCCCCCCACUGGUGCCGCAUCCCCGAGCUGGAGGAGGCCGGGGACUUCACGCAAGAGGAGAUCAGGAACCUUACUAUCCCUGUGAUUCAGGGGGCGUUUAGCCAGUGCAGUCAAUACCUGGUGCGCAACUUCACCGCUGUGGCACUCACGGGGCAGCUGAAGCCAGACCCUUCCUGGCCGGUGGUGCCAUGCAUGAACGGCUGGCACUAUGACACCUCCGUCAUCUUCUCGUCGAUUGUCAUUGACUAUGACCUGGUCUGCGAGCGCGCCAUCUAUCCGACGGUGGGUCUAUCGGUCCUCAACGUGGGCGGGAUCAUCGGCGUCUACAUUUUCGGCACAAUCUCCGACAGGUUCGGCCGGCGCGUCUCCUUCCUGGUGUGUCUGGCCGUCGAGCAGGUCUUCGGUCUCCUGACGGCGUUCGCGCCCGACUUCUGGUCGUGGAUGGCCUGCCGCUUCAUGGUGGGCCUCACCGUGCCCGCCAUCUACCAGAUUCCCUUCAUCAUUUCCCUGGAGUUGGUCGGCCCGAGCUACCGCAGCUUCGUCACGGUGAUGACCUGCCUCUUCUACGUGGGCGGGAUGCUGCUGCUCGCCGGAGUGGCCUACCUGGUGCGCAAUUGGGUGCACCUGUGCCUCGUCACCUCCCUGCCCUUCUUCACCUACGUCGUGUACUGGUGGUACCUCCCGGAGUCCCCCCGCUGGCUCCUGGCCCAGGGCCGGCUGCACGAGGCCUCCACCAUCCUCAACAAAAUGGCGGAAGUCAACAAGACCGAACUGCCGGAGUCGUUCAUGCAUAAACUCAAGGACCGCAUGAUCGCCCAGCAAGCACUAAGCUCAAACUCGUCACAGAAGACCUCCGGGGUUGGUUUCUGCAGCAUGUACAAAACGCCCAACAUGAGGCUUAAGGCUAUUCUUAUUACUAUAGUGUGGUUCGCUAAUGAAACCGUGUAUGUAGGACUAAGCUAUUACGGACCAGCAAUGGGAGAAGAUGAAUACCUCUCCUUCUUCCUUGCCUGUGCCGUCGAGGUCCCUUCUUACCUCCUCUGCUGGAUCGUCAUGGACCGCUGGGGACGUCGCUGGAUCCUAGGCGUGGGCAUGAUCCUUGGAGGAAUAUUUUCUAUCUGCACAGUCCUUAUGCCUGAAGACGCGUCCAUGGCCACGCUCGUGCUGUACCUGGUGGCCAAGUUCGCGGAGUCGGCGGCCUUCCUCAUCAUCUACCCGUUUGCCGCCGAACUGUACCCGACGGAGGUCCGCGGCGUCGGCAUCGGGUUCUCGGCCUAUGUCGGGGGCUUAGGCCUCGUCAUUAUUCCGUUUAUCAAUUAUCUGGGCACAGAAAUGCUGGUCCUUCCCCUUCUGAUCAUGGGCGUGGUGUCCACCCUGGGCGGCUGCCUCACCUUCCGCCUGCCGGAGACGCUGCAGCAGAAGCUCCCCAACACCAUGGCGGAGGGCGAGGAGUUCGGCAAGGACUUCACGUGGAAGCAGUGCCUCGUGUGUGUUCCGGAGAAGCCCCAGGCGGAGUCCUCCUUGAAACACAGCCUGGAGGAGGAGGUGAUAAGCGUCGAGAGCCUGGGUGCCCCUCGAGCGACCGGCAGCCGGCCAGGAGGACCAGACGAGUCUACGCCCCUGCAGAGGAUGGGCAGCAUGGGUCCGUCUCGAAGGGGAAUCCUCAUGAAACAGUCGAGUAUCAUGGACACGCCCAUUAUCACGGAUUCCUCGGGCGCUAUGAAGCUUACGUUCUGGGUGUAG